AUGUGCCUCAGAAAAGGGCAACGUAACCUCCCUUUCCCCGUCUUCCCUUCCCUAUCUCCCCCCCUCCCCCGCUUCAUCCUCCCCCACCCCUUUCAGAGGUCAACCUGGCGUCACACAUCCCGCCAGACACUAACUAACCUCCCUUCCCCCACCCUCCUCUCCCACUGUUCCCCCAUCCCCCCCUCCCCCCCUCCCCGUUUCAUCAACCUAGCGUCACACAUCCCGCCAGACACCGCAUCGUCCACCACCCGCGGCGCCCCCUUCCCCCCUCCCCUCUCAGUAAAUCCGUGUCCCUCAUUUCCUUCCCCCAACCCACCCCCCUCCACUCCUCCUUCAGAAAUCAACCUGGCAUCCUACAUCCCUCCAGACACCUCCUCCACCACCACCACCUCCUCGUACCCAUCUGCACCGCUCGUCAACGGCUCGUACCGCAUUCACGUGAAGAGCGUGUUUGUGGACCCGGGCGGCCGCCACACACUCGCCGUGCUGCAACACACGCCCCUCGGCGCCCCAUCUAGCGCCAUUUCCACAACCGGCAGCAGCGGCAGCAGCGGCAGUGGGAGUGGGAGUGGGCAUGGGCAUGGGAGUGGGAGUGGGAGUGGGAGUGGGACCGGUGGAGCGGUGGCAGGGAUGUAUGCAGCAGGGACGUACUGGGAUGUGGUGUAUGUGCAUGGGGGGUGGCAGCGCGCGCGGCAUGUGGCACGGCAUCGCAUGGCCAUUGGGGCUGUGGCUGCUGUGGCGUGGCAGCCUGCUCCCAUGGCACAUGAUGGCAGCACGAGGGAGAUCAUUCUUGCCACGGAGGGCGGGCGGCUCUACGAGGCGUCGUUUGAGGAAGCAGACAAGAGAGACCGCCCACUGAAGCUGUUGUUCGAGCUGCCCGACGCUGAAAAGUGCCCCUUCCGGGGCAUCCAGAUGGAGGUGCUGGGAUUACACGGGGGAGGCUCAUCAGGGGGAGGCUUUUCUGGGGGGGUAGGAGGAGGAGCAGCAGGGGGAGGUACAACUGCGUCAGGAGCAUCAUCUCAGCGGUUCUUCGUUCUGGCAGCCACAGCCACUCGCCUGCUUGCCUUUGUCGGCUCCACGACUCUCGAGGCCACCUUUGCACCCUUCGCCUCUCAGCUGCCUAAGUUCAUCGAGCUGCCAGCCUCCUCCCCGCUCAUUCCAAGCUCGCUGCACUUCUUUGGGCGUCAGCAGCGGUACGCAGAGCGGUUUGCAUGGAUGGCGGGGCCUGGCGUGCUCUUUGGGCACCUCAACCUCAACGCCACCUCCUCCAGCCUCCCUUGCGGCUCCUCAUCUGAGCCUCCCAUCCAGCGCAAGUCGCUACUGCCCUUUGCCAAGCUUCUCCCACCCAGCCACGUUAGCAGCGCAGAUGACACUGACGACAGUUCUGGUGCCGCUGCUGCCAGUGCGGCUGCUGUGGUGCAUCCGACCGCAAUGGCAGUAUCGGAGUUCCACCUGCUGCUGCUCUACAGCGACCACAUCAAGAUCGUGAACCAAGUGAGCGAGGCGCUGGUGGAUCAGCUGCCCUUCCACGCCACGUCGCUUGAGAUGGCGCCAGGUGGCAUGCUCGGAUUGGUCGCUGACGAGGUUGCCUCAGCGUACUAUGCCUUCUGCUCCAACAACAUAUACGAGAUUGCUGUGUGUGACGAGGGCAGGGCCAUGUGGCAGGUGUAUCUGGACAGGCACGACUACGCCAUGGCUCUCUCCUUCUGCCGCACGCCCCUGCAGCGGGACCGCGUGUAUGCCGCCCAGGCUGAUUCCGCGUUCAAAGGCGGAGAUUACGAGCGCGCAGCCACUUUCUUUGCCCGGACGGCCCACCAGGUGCCAUUUGAAGAGGUGGCGCUGAAAUUCGUGGAGGCGGGGCAGCAGGACGCGCUGAGGAGCUUCCUGUUACACAAGCUGGACCACCUGCCGAAGCAGGAGCGGGCGCAAAUGACCAUGGUGGCCACGUGGGCUUCUGAGCUGUAUCUUGACAAGAUAAACCAGUUGCUGCUGCAACUGCCACCUGACUUUGAGAAGCAAGAGUCCCUACCUACCAAGUCUGAGUCCGGAGUGGAGAGGUUGAGAGAGGAGUAUGGAAGGGUGGUGGCGGCGUUUCGAGCGUUCCUCAGCGACUGCAAGGACGUGCUGAAUGAAGCCACAACCGUGAAGCUGCUUGCCAGCUACGGCCGGGAGGAGGAGCUGGUGUAUUUUGCGGGACUGAAGCAGCGGCAUGAGACGGUGAUCGAGCAUUUUAUUCGGCAAGGCGAUGCUGACUCAGCAAUCGCCGUGCUGCGCCGGCCCUCAGUGCCUCUGGAGCUUCUGUGCAAGUUUGCUCUGCUGCUUCUCAUGUCUUUCCCCUUCUGUUCCCCCCCCGCUCCCCUCUUGCCCAUCCCCCCACCUGUCCUUCGCCAGCACAAGUUCUCACCCGCUCUCGUGCUCCUUGCUCCCUCCAACACCGUUGACCUCUGGAUCAUGCCUGCCUCUGCUGCUGCUGCUUGUGUUUCUUCUGCCUCUGCUGCGGUGUCUACCGCUUCUCAUAUUCCUCCCUGCCCCCGUUCUCCCCUAUCCCCCCCCCCCGUCCUUCUCCAGUACAAGUUCUCACCGGCUCUCGUGCUCCUUGCUCCCUCCAACCCCGUUGACCUCUGGAUCAUGCCUGCCCCUGCUGCUGCUGCUUGUGUUUCUUCUGCCUCUGCUGCGGUGUCUACCGCUUCUCAUAUUCCUCCCUGCCCCCGUUCUCCCCUAUCCCCCCCCCCUGUCCUUCCCCAGUACAAGUUCUCACCGGCUCUCGUGCUCCUUGCUCCAUCCAACACCGUUGACCUCUGGAUCAUGCCUGCCCCUGCUGCUUCUACCCACCCCCCCCUUUUCUCAUCUCUCCCCUUUUUUCCCUUCAUGCCUCCCACCCCAUG